CUUUCAGAACUCCAUCACAGUAGACAUCAAUCGUGAUUUGCUAAAGUUGUGGUCCUAUAGGCACCGUACCGUGAUUUCGCAGUGACAAGACUACAACGACUACACAACAAAUCCUUUAAUCUCCGCUAGUGCACAGCCAUGAGUUCAAUCGGCACGGGCUACGACCUCUCGGCGUCGCAGUUCUCUCCGGAUGGACGCGUCUUUCAGGUAGAGUACGCCCAGAAGGCGGUGGAGAACAGCGGCACGGCCGUCGCGCUCCGAGGCAAAGACGGUGUGGUGUUCGCCGUCGAAAAGCUCGUCACGUCCAAGCUCUACGAAGCCGGCGCCAACAAGCGCAUCUUCACCGUGGACCGGCACGUCGGCGUCGCAGUCGCGGGCCUCCUCGCCGACGCCAAGCAGAUCGUCGAGACGGCGCGGGUGGAGGCGUCCAACUACCGGUCCGACUACGGGGUCCCCAUCCCGCUCAAAUACCUCAAGGACCGGGUCGGGCUCUACAUGCACGCGUACACGCUCUACAGCGCCGUGCGGCCGUUCGGUUGCAGCGUGCUGAUGGGAAGCCACGAUUCAGACGGCCCCCAGCUGUAUUGCAUCGACCCUUCGGGCACGUCGUGGGGCUACUACGGCUGCGCCAUCGGCAAGGCGCGCCAGGCCGCCAAGACAGAGAUGGAAAAGCAGCAGUUGAGGGACCUGUGCUGCAAGGACCUGAUCAAGGAGGCGGCCAAGAUCAUCUACAUCAUCCACGACGAGGUGAAGGACAAGAACUUCGAGCUGGAGCUCAGCUGGGUGUGCGAGGCGUCCAAGGGGAACCACGAGUUUGUGCCCAAGGACGUCUUCCAGGAGGCCGAGACGUACGCCAAGACUGCGCUCGAAGAGGAGUCCGACACGGACGAGGACAUGUAACGCACGGCGGCUGGAAUCGCGACUUAAGUAAUAAUAAAUUGUUUUUGCACCACU